AUGGCCCCCAAGGUCCUCGUCGUCCUCACGAGCGCCGACAAGAUUGUCAAGCUUGACAAGCCUACCGGCUGGUAUUUGCCCGAGCUUGCUCACCCGUACGACGUUUUGUCCGAAGCCAAGGCGGACGUGGUCGUCGCCUCCCCCAACGGCGGCGUCGCCCCUCUCGACCAGAGCUCCGUCGAGGCCUUUGCCUCCGACCCCUCGUCCGUCAACUUCUUCGAGAACCACAAGUCGGUCUGGGAGACGACGAAGCCGCUCAAGGACUUCGUCGGCCGCGCGUCCGAGUUCGACGCCAUCUUCUACCCGGGCGGCCACGGCCCCAUGUACGAUCUCGUCGACGACAAGCACUCGAUGGCGCUCAUCGAGGAGUUUUACGAGGCAGGCAAGAUCGUCUCCGCCGUCUGCCACGGGCCCAUCGUCUUCCGGGGCGUCAAGGUCGACGGUCGGCCGCUGCUUGACGGCCGCACCGUCACUGGCUUCACCAACGAGGAGGAGGAGCUGAUGCAGCUGGCCGAUGCGAUGCCCAUGCUGCUCGAAGAUGAGCUGAAAAAGAUUGGCGCCAACUUUGUCCGAUCCGACAAGGCUUGGGAAGAAAAUGUGGUGGUCGACGGCCGGAUCAUCACGGGUCAGAAUCCGGCUUCGGCCAAGGCCAUCGCCGAGGCCCUCGUCAAGGCGCUUGGUACGUGA